UUCCACCAGAAGAUGGAAACAGUUUCUUCUCUUUGUUUUCACACUUCCAAUACCUGACUUCUACUGUUAUCCCAGAUUAUUCUAACGGCGUUUACAAUCCCCGUUACUCAACAAGCUGUUUCCCGUUACAUUAAACGGGCUGCCUACAGGACCGCAGAAUUGACUGCACCACUCAUCACCCAAUUAUAAGUUGAAAACUCCGAAGAAAAACACAUCAUUAUCAUCGUCCCCAUUUACUCUCUCUCUCAAAAAAAAUGUCUCAAUUCGGACGAAGAUUGAGAAAGUCCAUUUCCGUGAUAACAAAUUAAUGAUACCCUGGAAAAGAAUAUAAAUUGAUUGAUUGAUUGAUAAGAAGGUAUAUGAUGGAAUGUAAGAGAAUUGGAGAGGCUACUAUUAAGGAAGUGUCAGAUGAAAAUGAUAUGGUCGUACCAGCGACAACGCAAAAGAGUAAGAUAUCUGAUGGAGAUUUAAAACUUUCUCCUGCUAAUUCUGUUCAUUUGAAGGAGAAUUCUGCUUCGAAUGAACCAGCCGGGAUUACAAUGUCUUGCUGCUCGAAGUUCCUAGAUCUGGAUGAAAAAUAUGUGGAGGUUGCAGACAAUGAAGCUGAAUCCAGUAAACUGGAGCCACCAGAAAUGCCAGAAAAUGAGAAUUCCCCCCCUUUAACUUCACCAGAAAUGCCAGAAAAUGAGAAUUCUUCCCCUUUAUCUUCACCACAAAUGCCUGAAAAUGAGAAAUCUCCCCCUUUAACAUCACCAGAAAUGUCUGAAAUUGUGAAUUCUCCCCCUCGUUUGUUUCCGGAUGUAGAGCCGACUGAUGAAAUUGAAGAGUUUCUUGCAACAUUCGAGAGAGAAAUGCUUAGACGAUUUCGACAAAAGUACAACUUCGACUUUGAGAAGGAGGAACCAUUGGAAGGUCGUUAUGAGUGGGUCCAAUUCCAAACCUAUGGAAAUUGAAAUUCUAUAAGAUCCAGAAUUUGCCAAUAAUUUGUAGCGCUAGCUAGGCUAGGCUAGCAUGCUUGGAAUAACUAAAUAACCUAGUUUACUUUCUGGUAGUAGUUUAAUUAGUUCAAGUAAUGUUUACUUCUUAGGUGUUCAUGUCUUCGUUGUUGUUUCAGAUAGUGAACAAUCAGAUGUCACCAACAACUUUUUAUUAGCUGUAAUAACAGAGUAAAUAUCUCCUA